AUGAACUCGAGGAGGGAUUUCCGCAGCCAUAGAGCUGCUUUAUUUGAUGGCAUUGAAGAAGGUGGGGUGAGAGCUCCAGAUUCUUCUCGUGAAAUUCAUGAGCAUGAGAAUGAUCAAGCUCUGGACAGUUUGCAUGAUAGGGUCAGCGUUCUCAAAAGAUUGACUGGCGAUAUACAUGAAGAAGUGGAGAAUCAUAACCGGAUGCUGGACAGAAUGGGUAAUGAUAUGGAUGCUUCGAGAGGAUUUCUUUCUGGGACGGUGGACAAGUUCAAGAUGGUUUUCGAGACGAAAUCGAGCCGCAGGAUGGCAACCAUGGUGGCAUCCUUCAUUGCUGUCUUCUUGCUCAUAUACUACCUUACCAGAGUGUUGGUUCUCAAAAGAAACGGAGCAUUGGUGGAUUUGGGGAUUGUGAGGUGA